AUGGGGGGUGCGCAAUACGUCCUGACGGGCUUCGGCGACUUCUUCGAGCGACGGCGCAUCGCCUUCGUCGACCCACUGCCUCGCAGCCACGUGUGUUGUGCCUGUGGUUUCGUGUCGUCCCUGUCCGUGAGGCUGCCGUGCAAUCACGUCUUCUGCCGGCUCUGCAGAAGUCAGAUCCCGAGCGACGGUGCCAGGUGUCCCGUGGAAGGCACGCUGUUCAAGAAGGACGACGUCGCGUCCCAGACCAUCGAGCUGCCUGACUUGGAGCACCUCCGCGUCUUCUGCACCAAUGGCGGCGGCAGCGGCCAACGCUGCAACUUCGUCGGCAAGCUGUCGGAGCUGCCCGCGCACGUGUACGAGUGCGGCUACGACGAGGUGAAAUGCGAGAACUGCGACGGUGCCGUGACUCGAAACGCAGCCGUCGAUCACCGCCGACAGUGCUCCGCCGAUCUGCCGCUCGCGGGGCCAACGGGAAAAGCUGCCGAAGUCGCUGCGGCGAAGGGAGACCCGGGAGCCGUCGUGGAGGACGUCAAGACGUUGCGCCAACGCGCGUCGUGGAAACAAGUCGACCAGGAGGGAUUCGAGAAAAAAGCCGACAGCAGCUUGGCGGAAUGCGCGACCGACCACCGAACACACUCUAUUCGCGCCAAAGGAACGUACAGCGGCGAAGUCAAGGAGCCCGACACGUCGUCCGCCGGGCCUGUUUCGAGCUAUCUUGCUCCCGGACCUCCCCGCACCGCUUCCAAGCAAUGUGUAUUCACCGCGUGGUGCAGGUUCGACAACAUAUACGAGAAAUACGAGGAGCUCCAAUAUAAGUACGCUGCGUCGGCUGUCACAAAGGGUUGCGCGGGGGGCGCCUACCCGUUUUCGCUCAAGUGCACGCUCACCAAGGAAGAAGAGAACGGGGGAGUGGAGUUGUACUUUUCUCUCUAUUUGCGCAGCGGCGAGUGGGACAGUUACGACGAAUGGCCCUUAAGUAAGGACGUGACAGUGAUCCUUACACACCCUAGCAACAAGGAAAAGGACGUGAGAUUCCCGGUCUGUAUAUUCAAGAGGGACAGAUUUGAGAAACCUGCCCCACUUGGUGCCACUUGCAAUGAAGCUCACCCCAUGAUUGACGGCGAGAGUUGGGAACGCAUGGAAUUAGGAGGUUUCAUCCAUAAGAACGCCCUUAACGUCAUUGUCGAGUUUGAGUGA